ACUCCUAUACUCAGUGAUCUGACCGACGAAAAUGUAAGACCACCAAGACAUUUCAUUGAGGAACAUCGCUGUGACCUAGUGGGAAGGACUUCCCUUAUCAAACCUCUCUCUAACAUCCUGAGGCGAGCUGAGGUCCUCAACCUAGAUGAAUAUGAGAUAAUCCGAGCUGGGGAAACACGAGCUGAGCAGGCCAGACAUUUACUGGACGCUGUCAUCUGCAAAGGAAGGAGAGCUAUGGAUGUCUUUCAAGAGGCUUUGAGGCAACAGGACCCCUCUAUUAUGCGAGAACUUCAUUGAUAAAUAACUUUUGAAGGAAAAAGCAGGAUAAUGUUUAAUACUGAAAUGUGUGAGCUGUAUUGUAAAUAGAAGAAAGAAAAGGAAGACUUGCAUUCACAGAAGGUUGUUCAGACCUCAGGACUCCUCAAAACCCUUUUCAACUUAUGAGGAACUUUCAUGAAGUAGAGUCCCUCUUGUAGGACAGGAGAGCGAGCAAGGGUUGGAGUCCUGAGGGGGAGCAGAGUGAGCCCAGGCUCGUCAAAGGGAUGCUUCCUGGGCGGAGGCCAGCAUUUGGAGGCAGCGUGGACUCGUGUUCUGAAGCCCAGUGGGCAUAGACUCCGUGAAAAAGGAAUGUAAUUUGAGUACUUUAAAGAUAUUCUUUAUUCUCAUUCUGGACUUUUUAAACUCGUAUUCCCACAUUAGUCUAUUUUAUUUUACUAUUUUAAUUCUGUAACAACACUUAAAAUAUCUGUACCUAGGUAUCCUGUACCUAAGAUAGCACCAAGAGGUGACUUUACAAACUUGUCACUGCACGAGACAAUAAAGGCUGUUCCAUUCUCUCCUACAAUAUCCUAUUCCAAAUGCAGCAAUCAAUUUACACACAGUGAC